AUGCAGAAACUUCAAUCAAACCAACCCGAUAGCCCCGAAGAUGCACUAUAUCACUAUGGUAAUGUGCUAGCGAAAUGUCCUUUUAUGAGUACACUCGACAAAAAUGAUAAAGUGGUCAAUACUCUGACUUACGGCAAGUUAUUCACUAAAUGUCACAAGCUUGCGUAUAACCUUGUUACAAAAUUUAAAACCCGAAAUGGCGACGAUUUAAAUCCUGGAGAUAGAGUAGCGCUAGCGUUUCCUUCUCAUCAAGCAGAUAGCUUCGCUGUUGGAUUCUUUGCCUGCCUUUUGGCUAAUUUAGUCCCAAUUGCCAUUGAGCCACCUGAUAGUAAAAAUGAACCCGGAAUUGCCCAGAAAGGUUUCUUAUUGAGGCAGUGUUCAGUUUCUGUAGUUCUCACUAGUGAAUCUUGUUUAAAAUCUUUACCGAGGGACAAAGAUGAUAGUAGUGUUAAUAUUAGCUUUAAAGGAUGGCCGAUCAUGAAUUGGCUAAGUAUAGAUCAUUUACAAAAACCGACUAAAAAUUGGAUUCCACCUAAUAUUGAUAGACAGUCCCCGGAUAUUGUAUCACAUAUUGAGUAUACGGUCGAUAAAGAUGGUUCCGUUAUGGGAGCUAUUGUAUCUAGAGCUUGUAUGUUAAGCCAUGUUCGAGUACUUAAUAGCCUAUGCGCAUACCGAUCGCCCACAUCUUCAAAAGAAGUGGAGACAACUAUCUGCACAAUUGAUUACCGAAGAGGAGUUGGAUUAUGGCAUAGCAUUAUUAUGCCCCUCAUGAACGGAAUGCAUAUUAUUCAAAUACCAAACACAUCACCAAUGGGGUAUCAUCAUCCACUGGAGUGGUUAUCAGUCUGCUCUAAAUUUGGUGCAAAGUAUGCGAUCACAUCUGCUAGAAUUUUGCAAGUAGCUGUUCUCGCUAGGCAAAGAGACACAGUACCUUUGUCAAUUAACCUUAGUAACUUACGGAUGCUUCUUGUUGCGGAUGGACAAAAUCCUUGGUCCUUAGCCGCCUGUGACGCUUUCCUUGAUGAAUUUGAAAAUAGCGGUUUACGAGCCGAGUCAUUGUCUACAUGUGCCUAUUCAACAGAGACAUUAACAGUAUCUAUAAGAGGACCAUUCAGUCGAGCGGCAGUGACAGGCCGAGGAAUUAUGUCUCUUAGUGCUUUAAGUGAUGGUGCAGUGCGUGUGGAAAACGCAGGUUCCCUUACGUCUUUGACUCUACAGGAUUUAGGCCCAGUUAUUCCAACUGGCUCCGUUGCAGUUUUAAAAAUCGAUGGAUUGCCAAAUUUAUGUCGCGUCGAUGAAAUAGGUGAAAUCUGCUUAUCCGGUAGGACUACUGGCAAUGGCUACUUUAAACUUCCAGGAAAAUCAAAGCACGUAUUUGAAGUAACUCCCUUAAACGACAGGAAUCAAGCUAUUACCCAACAAACUUACGUUCGUUCAGGCCUUUUAGGGUUUUUAGGACCGAGCAAUGUGAUAUUUGUUUGCGGAAAUCGCAAUGGGUUAAUGACCGUCAGUAAUAGACGUCACAACACUGAUGAUGUUAUAGCUACUAUCCUAGCUGUUUCUCCCUCUAGCUAUGUACAUCUUGGAAGAAUUGCUGUUUUCUCCACUACUGUUUACUAUGAUGAAAGAAUUAUUGUUGUAGCCGAACAAAAGACUGACUCCACGGAGGACGAGGGAUUUCAAUGGAUGAGUAGAGUUAUGCCAUGUGUCGACAAAAUUCAUGACGUCAAUAUUUACGGUUUUCUUUUGGUUCCAGCUAACACGUUACCUACUAGUAAAGAUGGUUUUGUUGACGUUUAUGAGACGAAACAGCGAUUCUUUGAAGGAAUGCUUCAUCCAUGCUGCGUCCUUAUGUGUCCUCAUAGCUGUAUCCCCAAUAUGCCGAUCGCUAAUAAGAGAGCAAGAGGAGGUAUCACAUCGCCUAUUAUUUCCGAAGGGCGAUCACUUGAAAUCCUAGAAAAUGAAACAAUCUAUCUAGCAGAAUAUUUAAGAGUUCGAGCCGCACAAUCACCAGAUGAUGUCAUAUUUACCUUACUGUCCGGAAAGGGAACCGCUAUCGCAAGUGUAACUUGUCUACAGCUUCAUCGCAAGGCUGAGAAAAUUGCAAUCUUGUUGGAAAAAAGUGGGCUCACAGCUGGUCAACAUGCAGCACUAAUAUAUCCUCCUGGAAUUGAUUUGAUUGCCUCCUUCUUCGCUUGCUUCUAUAUCGGUUUAAUUCCUGUUCCAAUACGUCCACCACAUCCUCAAAAUGUUGCAUUUACCCUUCCAACUGUAAAAAUGGUUGUGGAUACUAGUAAAAGUGAUGUUAUCUUAUCUAAUCAUAAUAUUAUCAAGAUACUAAGAUCCAAGGAUGCAGAAACCGUAGUACCGCACAGAUUAUGGCCGUCAAUGGUAGAUACUGAUGCACCCGUAAAAGGCCGCUUGCAAGAAUUCUAUCAAUCACAAUCAUCUCAUUCAACCGCCUAUUUAGAUUUUGGUGUAACAACAAAUGGGAUAUUGGUGGGAAUAAAAAUGUCACAUGAAGCUGCGGGCUCUAUAUGUCACUCACAUAAAAUAGCUUGUGAGUUGUAUCCAUCUCGUCAGGUAGCCAUUUGUGUUGAUCCUUACUGUGGUUACGGCUUAGUAAUGUGGUGUCUUAGUAGUAUAUAUUCUGGCCAUCACACUAUAUUGAUAUCUCCAAGUGACGUUGAAUUGAAUCCUACACUAUGGCUUAUGGCCAUAAGUCAAUACAAAGUACGAGAUACGUUUGUAUCUUAUGCGGUACUAGAUGGAUGCAUUAAAGAAUGUUCUAAUUCCAUAAAUACCCUCUCGGGCAAAGGAAUUAACCUGUCCUCGCUGCGUUCCUGCGUCGUUGUAGCGGAAGAAAGACCUCGUACUUCUUUAAUUUCAGUCUUCACUGCUUUAUUUUCAAGCUUAGGAUUAUCAAAUAGAGCAGUUAAGACGACGUUUGGGUGUCGUACCAACCCAGCCUUAUGCUCACAGAGCUUAUCCAGUCCAGAUCCGUCGCCUCUUUAUGUAGAUUUACGAGCUUUAAGAAAUGAUAGAAUAAAAAUUGUUCAGAAGGGUAGCCCCUAUAGUAUCUGUAUUAUCGAGAGCGGCACGAUUCUUCCUGGAGUUAAAGUUUGCAUAGUUAACCCAGAAACAGGCGUUUCUUGUGGUCUAUCUGAACUAGGAGAAAUAUGGGUUAGUUCAAAGCAUAAUUCUGAAGGCUACUUUUGUCAAGCUGAUAUAGAUGGCGAUAAUCCAAUACCAUAUAAUCGUCGAUUUCGUGCCAAAUUAAAUGCCGGAGAUGAUACACAAUUGACGUGGGCACGUACCGGCUAUUUGGGUUUUAUUCACAAGACAGAGCUCAUAGAAGCUGACGGAGCCAUUCAUGAAGCAAUACACGUGGUGGGAUCAAUGGAUGAAGCCUUAUAUUGGCGUGAUAUGAGGUAUUAUCCCUCCGAUAUUGAAAAUACGAUAUCUAGAUGUCAUGCAGCUAUUGGAGAUUGCGCUUUAUUCACGUGGACUAAUCUAUUAGUGGUUGUAGUCGAGACCAAGUUUGACGAAAGCGUAGCUCUAGAUUUGGUCCCACUAAUAACGAAUGCUGUAUUAAAUGAGCACCAAGUAGUAGUCGGUGUUGCUGUGGUAGUCGAUCCUGGUACUAUUCCAAUUAACUCUCGCGGUGAAAAGCAAAGAAUGCAUUUAAGAGAUAGAUUCUUAUCAGAUAGUCUAAAUCCUAUUUAUGUUGCUUAUAAUAUGUAA